AGCUGUCGAGGCACGAUGGCGAGGAUGCAGAUGUCAGCGAGACACAGUCACCAUGUAGCGAUACACGCCGGGUGCAUCGGCCUGGCUGUCAUUACUCAGGUGAUCGCACACAUCUUCUUGAACCUGGCAAAGGACAGCUGGGUGCCCAACGCUCUGUUUCAGACGUCAUGCAGAAAUGUCUCGGAGACCUUCCCCCUGGAGGUGACCAUGGACUGGUGGUCCGAGCAGUACUGGGUUUUGGUUGACGUUUGGUCUACUCUUUGGCUCGUCUAUGCAGUGGUCGGCCUGUUCAACAGAAAUGUCCUCGGCCCCGAGUCCUGCAACCCAGAAAUCCAUCCUCCAUCGUUUUAUCUGAUGUGGACCGUGAUUAAUAUUUCAAGAAUGUUCAGCAUGACUCUUUGGGAGAGACACUUUCUAGUCGGAGCCGUGGCGGUCAGGUGGAUUCUACCAGGGCUCAGUUUCUACAUGCUCUACAUGUCCUACUCUAACCUCUACAAACACAGAGCCUGGCUGUCCGUCAACAACUCGGCAGUGUCAUCAUGGACGCGUUACCUGACCCAGAACGGCUUAGCAGUGUUUGCCUGGUGGUCUCUGCUGAACGCUGUGGUGGGUCUCGGCAUAUUAUUCAAGUACAAAGCGGGCGUGUCGGACCCGCUCAUCAGCACCGUCGUCCUCACCAUAGUGACCUUGUGCGCUUUAACCUGGUUCGUCCUGCAGAGCUUCUGGUUAACCAAGUACCUGCGCUACACCUUCAGCGUCUACGCCAUUCUCAUCCUGGGUCUGGGUGCGAUGUUUACCAGGAGCUAUCGCUUCCACGACCUCGCUGCAAACACGAUCUAUUGUGGGCUCCUGAUGCUCCUGAUGACCAUCCUGAGCACGAUUCAUUUGAUCACUGAGUGUUUGCACACGGACAAGUCAACCAAACCGAUCGCCGCCGAACCCCAUGUGACGUUUGUGGAGACGGUGUGGCAACCUGAAGGCAACAUGAAACACCAACUCCACCAGUGACAACUUAAAGACUCUGUGUGUAAAUAUGAAAAAACAAUCCAAAAAAAAAAAAAAAAGUCUUCUGCAACAGUGAUUUAUGCAAGCAUGUAAUGUGUGUUGAUCGCCACAAGGGGGCAGCAUUUACCAACUUCACACUGGGAAGGGACACAGUAAGCACCCAGACUCACAGCAGAUGGCUCAAGCUUUUAGAGGGAGUAUUUAAACAAUAUCAUGACUUUAAAAAAACAUCAA